AUGUGCAAUGCUUUCAACUCGGUGCUGAUAGGAGGUGAAGGAGGAGAAGGAAGUGAAGGAGGAGAGGGAGGAGAGGGAGAAGGAGGAGAAGGAGGAGAGGGAGAAGGAGGAGAUGGAGGAGAGGGAGGAGAGGGAGGAGGAGGAGAAGGAGGAGAAGGAGGAGAGGGAGGAAGAGAAGGAGGAGAAGGAGGAGAAGGAGGAGAGGGAGAAGGAGGAGAGGGAGGAGAGGGAGGAGACGGAGGAGGAGGAGAAAGAGGAGAAGGAGGAGAAGGAGGAGAGGGAGGAGAGGGAGGAGGAGGAGAAGGAGGAGAGGGAGGAGAGGAUGAAGGAGGAGAAGGAGGAGAGGGAGGAGAGGGAGGAGAGGGAGAAGGAGGAGAAGGAGGAGAAGGAGGAGAGGGAGAAGGAGGAGAAGGAGGAGAGGGAGGAGAGGGAGAAGGAGGAGAAAGAGGAGAAGGAGGAGAAGGAGAGGGAGGAGAGGAGGAGAGGGAGGAGAGGGAGAAGGAGGAGAAAGAGGAGAAGGAGGAGAGGGAGGAGAGGGAGGAGAGGGAGGAGGAGGAGGAUAGUGUAAGGGACAAGCACAUGAGCCUGUGA